CGGCCCGCCCACGCGCUCUGCACCGACGAACGAAAGUGAGCGCCGUCGCCGCGGCUCCAGUGUCGUGUUACCCGGUGUCGCUGGUGGGCCGUGUGAGGGGUGCCGGACGGCGGAGACGGUCCGUAGAGGGGGCCGGCAGCGACGGUCCGUGGGAGAGUGGGGCGACGGAGACGGAGAUUUGAACUGUGCGGUGACCAGUGACCUACGCUUACAUGUGUGGAUAGCAGCUGAUGCUCGCAGCACACUCCAGGCGAGCUGACUGUGCCAUGUUUGAAAUAAGUCAGUGUCAAAAUUAUAUGUGACACAAAAGUGAGCUAACCAAGAAACAGACCCAAAAGACCGUAGGUAGGCAUACGGACCGCUUGAGCUUAACGCCUAGUCCAGGCCGCGCCUCGCGCAGCCUACAGACGUUCUCAGCGAGUGUGACACCAGUGAUCUGACACGAUGUCGCGCAAGCUGCUCAAGUUUCUGAUCAAGUUCGACAAUGAGAACCUGGUAUACUUUCCGGGUCAGUUCAUCCGGGGCCGGGUGCUGGUCGAGCUGGAAGAGGAGACCACUGUCAUGGGAGUGUUUUUCCAUGUUAUUGGAGAGUGCACAGUCAAAGUCGGUGACAAUCAGAACAAGAAACACGUCGAUAAGGAAAACUACAUCGACUUCAAGAUGCGGCUACUCGGAGAACAAGGCGGCGACCCGAUCCCGCUAUCGGCCGGGAUCCACAGCUUCCCGUUCCAGCUCGGCCUGCCGCUCGGCGUGCCGUCCACCUUCCUCGGCAAACACGGCUGGGUGCAGUACUUCUGCCGGGCGGCAAUAAAAGAGGAGAGCGGACUGGUGCACAAGAACCAGCAGGUGUUUAUCGUCAUGAGCCCGAUAGACCUCAACCUGGAACCGCCCGCACUAGCCGAGCCGUUUCACUGUGAGGUGGAACACAAGCUCGGCAUGAGCUGCAUCAGCUCGGGCCCGGUCCUCUGCCGCCUGAAGCUGGACCGGGGCGGCUUCGUGCCCGGGGAGAGCAUCGGCAUCUGGGCAACCAUCAACAACCGCAGCAAGGUCACCAUCAAGAGGACCACGGCCAGCCUCACUGAGACGAUCCACUACCUCUCCAAGAACAAGGUGGUGAACACGGAGGUGCGGGAGCUGUGCCGCGUGUCGCGCGGCAAGGUGCGCCCGGCCGACUCGGACGACUGGAAGAACGAGCAGCUGGUGGUGCCGCCGCUGCCUCCGUCCAACCUGCGCGGCUGCCACCUCAUCGCCAUCCAGUACAACGUCAUGUUCACGGUGAAGCCGGACAGUCUGGAGAAGGAGGUGAAGCUACAGCUGCCCAUCACGCUGGCCUCCUACCCCUACCGCAACGCCGACGGCACGCUGAAAAAGAAGCGCGGCGCCCACUACCCCAACACGCUGCCAAUGAUGCGCACUCCUUCCGUCGGAGCCGCAGACACCAAGACGGCCGCCUAGCCUGCCAGGGGAGAGUGACUCGCCCCUGGCACUCAGCCGCUCAGUGCUGCCCUCAGAGCCGCCUUACCUUCGUAUGUGAUAAGAAUGAGUGCUCACAGUCGCUCCGUGCCAGCCUAGCUGGCAGUUUGCCGGACUGACCGAGCCUUCGAUGCGAUGUGUAUGUGUCGUUGCAUAGCUAGCCGCGUCGGCGCCGGGAGCUAUUAUUUAGUGUAACCAGUCAAUGUCGUAGCCCAUCGCUAAGUGUAACCUUAACGUGAAUUCCCCCCGGGGGCCCGUAUCAGUGUUACGAGUGCCCUUGCCGCUAACACAUUACCGUCGGUAUGUGUGCGCCCAGCCGAUGUUGUCUCAUGCCGCCGGCGCCCGGUCGGCUCCAGCUCAGUGAUCAGUCCGCGGUACUGGCGACUCGCCACAGCUGAGAUACGUCCGGCUGUAUUCGCGGCAGUGCAUUGACACACGGUGGUGGGCGCUAGCCGGGACGAUCACUCACUCCCUCGCUAAUAAACAAAUAAAUAGCACUGACCGAGAGA